CUCGUCUCCGUCUGCGGAAGACGACGAGAAGGGAAGCAGCGAGAAGAGAUUGCGGGUUGGUGAGCGGAGGAGGGCGAUGGCGUCGGCGUCGUCGUCGUCGUUGGCCGCCGGGCAGGCGCGCGGGGGUAACCCGCUGGAGGAGUGGAGCGGGCGCGUGAAGGCGCUGGAGGCGGGGUUCCGCAAGUGGAUGGCGGAGCAGCCCACGCACAUCGAGGCCGUGGUGACCACGGCCGUCGGGGCGGUGCAGGGCGCGGCGCUGGGCGGGCUCAUGGGCACGCUCACCGCCGACGGGGGGUCUCCGUUCCCGGUGCCGCAGCCGCCGCCCAACGCGAACCCGGAAGCCAUGGCCUCCUUCAAGCAGGCUCAGGCUUUAGCUGGUGGACCAUUGGUGCAAGCCCGGAAUUUCGCAGUUAUGACUGGUGCAAAUGCAGGCAUAUCUUGUGUUAUGAGAAGGAUACGUGGUGGCGAGGAUAUCCAGGGCAGCAUGGCAGCUGCUUUUGGUUCUGGUGCUCUGUUCUCCAUAGUUAGCGGAAUGGGAACUCCCAAUCCAGUUGCAAAUGCAAUUACAACAGGUGCUGCUUUUGCAAUAUUUCAAGGUGGCUUUUUCAUGAUUGGGCAGAAAUUCUCAAAGCCACAGAGUGAGGAUCUGUACUACUCUCGUGCAAGGAGCAUGUUGCAAAAACUCGGCCUCGAGAAAUAUGAAAAGAAUUUUAAGAAGGGUCUACUCACUGAUCAAACCUUGCCCCUUCUUACUGACAGUGCUUUGAGAGAUGUGAAGAUUCCCCCUGGCCCCAGACUUCUGAUACUCGAUCAGAUUAAAAGGGAUCCUGAGUUUGCAAAAGCACGGUGAAGGCUUGCAGCCCUUGGCUUAUGUCUCCUUGAAUUGCGUAGGACUUUAUUAUCUGUGCCUAUGCCAUCUCUGUUCUAUGAUAAGCUUUCUAGGCAACGCAUUCAUCAUAAAGGGAAUGUAGUUUCUUUCUGUAGUUACUAUUGGUCACAUGCUUUCAGUUUUCAUCUGUUCUGUGAAAAGCUUUCUAGGCAAAGUAAUCAGUUUUCAUCUUCCUAAUGAAUUUUGUAGAACAAUUAGUCACAUGCUUGUGGUACAAUAUGUACAUCCUGGUCAAAAGGCAUAUCA